UUGGACACGGUGGAUAUGGCAGAAAACUAGGUCAACAUUAGUUAAACAUGUAUAACUGUGUUUAAAAAUGUUGGAAUAAAAUACAGAAAAUUUAGAGAUAAAAUAUAUAUUAUCAGAACAUAAUAAUAAUAAAACAUAUUUAGCAUCCUUUAUUAUUUAAAGUAACUUGACACAGUUUAAGAUUUGGAGUCAUACAGUCAGGCUAAAAAUAGUUAUUGUAAAUCUAUGUAUGAUAUAUGACAUCCUAACUGACUUAAACAGCAGGUUACAAAUAGUGUUUUAAAGGAUGGAAAUAUUUGGUGUUUGCUGGUUGUCGUGGCAACUGAUCAUCCUUCUACUUACUCUUGGAGCAAUCUUUUUGUAUCGGCAUUUCACGAUACUAAAGCGGUCGGGUAUCCCUGGUCCAACACCACUGCCGUUCGUUGGAAACUUACUGGAACAGUUCUUCAAAGGUAUAGACAAGACAGAUAAAGAAUGGUUACAGAAAUAUGGAAACGUUUUUGGCUACUACAGUGGCUAUAGACCAUGCAUUGCAAUCACAGACCCCGAGAUAUUGAAGGCUGUACUUAUCAAAGACUUCCAGAACUUCACAGACAGACCUCAUAAUGGUAACCUGCCUAAGUUACUUUUGAAUGGACUUUUCUUUAUGAGGGGACGAACCUGGAAGAGAACCAGAAAUAUCAUAACGCCUACAUUCAGUGCAGGAAAACUGAAAAAUCUUGUACCGAUCAUAAAUAAGUGUGCAGAAACACUGGUCAGUAAUAUGAAUGAAAAAGUUGGACAAGAUAUAGCCAUCAGAAAAUACUUCAUUCAUUUCACAAUGGAUGCCAUCGCCUCUACAGCCUUUGGUAUCGACAUUGACUCCCAGAAACAACCAGAUGAUCCAUUUGUGAAGAAUCUUGACAGGAUCUUUAUGAUAGGGGCGUUUGCAAGGCUACCUGUUAUGAUCACCGCUAUCGUACCAUGCAUGGGAAAACUAUUUCAUAAACUGGGAUUCACCACAUGGCCGAGAGAUAGUGUGGGGUUCUACGAAGAAACUGGACAAGCUCUUAUAAAUGAAAGGAGAAACAAUAAGAUGAGCAGGGUAGACUUUCUACAGAUGCUGAUGAAUGCGGAGUUUGAUGAAGCAAAAGAGGAAUACAUUCAUAAUGAAUCUACAUUUUCCAAAGGAGUUUCAAGUGGUCACGAAACACAUAAAGUGGAAAGGCUGAGUGACGAUGAAAUAAGUGGUCAGGCAUUUGUUUUCUUCAUCGCGGGAUUUGAAACUACUGCCAGCCUGCUCCGAUACUCGGCGUAUAUACUUGCAUUACAUCCUGAUGUUGAUGCAAAACUUUAUGAUGAGGUACAAAAGCAUAUAGGACAGGACCUUCCGGAUUAUGAGAAUGUUGGCAACUUGAAGUAUAUGGAUCAGUUCAUCAGUGAGGUGCUCAGAUUUUAUCCUCCAAUUCCCAGGCUGACUAGAGCAGCAAAGGAGACCAUUACUGUUGGAGGCAUUACCAUACCCAAGGGUACCGUAAUACAUGUACCAGUUUGGACUAUUCAUCACAGUGAGGAAAAUUAUCCCGACCCAGACAUUUUCGAUCCUGAAAGGUUUUCUCAGGGCAAGAAAGGAGUCACUGAAGGGGUCACAUUUUUACCAUUUGGCACUGGGCCAAGAAAUUGUAUUGGUAUGAGACUAGCUCUUGUAGAAGCCAAGAUUGCUCUUGUAUACUUAUUAAGAAAACUCAGAUUUGUCAGGUGUGACAAAACACAGGUUCCUUUAGAUCUGAAUCAUUUUGGUAUAUUGAGACCAAAAACACCGAUACAGGUCCGAAUAGAAACCCGGUAGUGAGAGGAAAUCCUGUCCAUUUAGAAGUAUGGAAUGUGUGUAAAUAUUGAUGUGUGUUAGAGGAGAGAUCUUCCUAUUGGAGAACAUAAACAGAUAAUCUUAUGAGGCUGAGAACACAACCGAAAUUGUUAUCAGACCGAGUUGUCAAACGACAGCCGGUAAAACAGAAAUUUUACUGUGAAAUUAUCUAAUUUCAUGGGUCAAUAAUUCUCAUGAAUUUUAAAGUUUUGUUGGUCGAAUGAAUUUAAUCAAAAAAAAAACAACAUAUAUUUAAUCUUUGGAAUUUUAAAGUCAGGAAUUCAUGUUCCCUCAACGUAUAUUUAAGUCAAAACCACCAAAGUUUAUUUUAGGUCAAAACCACAAAAGUUUAUGGCAACAAAAUUAGAUAAUAAAAUUAGCAUUCACUGGAA